GGUUACAACAAGAGCAUUUCUGCAGCAGAAGUGAUAAUCCGCUUUGCUUUCCAAGCCUCCAUCACAGUCCUGUGCAUCGCCUGCCCCUGCUCCCUGGGCUUAGCCACCCCCACAGCUGUGAUGGUUGGCACUGGAGUAGGAGCCCAGAACGGCAUCCUCAUCAAAGGAGGGGAGCCCCUGGAGAUGGCACAUAAGGUGAAGGUGGUUGUGUUUGACAAAACAGGCACUAUUACUCAUGGGACACCAGAGGUGGUGCAGGUGAAGUUUCUGGUGGAGGGUAACCAGCUACCACAUAACAAAAUGCUGGCGAUAGUGGGGACUGCAGAGAGUAACAGCGAGCAUCCUCUUGGAGCAGCAAUAGCAAAAUACUGCAAAAAGGAACUGGACUCGGAAACCCUUGGUACUUGCACAGACUUUCAGGUAGUUCCAGGCUGUGGCAUCAGUUGCAAAGUCACCAAUAUUGAAGCAUUACUCUCCAGGAAAAAUAAAAUGGUUGAAGAAAACAACAUUAAAAAUGCAACCCUUGUGAAAAUUGAGGAAAACAUGGAUGAAUCAGUGCAGCCUGCUCUGAUUAUUGAUGCUGAACUACCAGGCACUGUGGCUCCUCAGAAAUACUCAGUUCUCCUUGGGAACCGGGAGUGGAUGAGCAGGAACGGGCUCCUUGUCCCCAGUGAAGUGGACAGAGCCAUGGUGGAGCACGAGCGCAGAGGCCGCACGGCAGUUCUGGCAGCUGUUGAUGGAGUGCUUUGUGGCUUGAUAGCCAUUGCUGAUACCGUGAAGCCAGAAGCUGAGCUGGCAGUCUACACUCUGAAGAGUAUGGGGCUAGAAGUUGUCCUGAUGACCGGUGACAACAGCAAAACAGCGAGAUCCAUCGCCUCUCAGGUUGGCAUCACCAAAGUGUUUGCAGAGGUUCUUCCCUCCCACAAAGUAGCCAAAGUGAAGCAGUUACAAGACGAAGGGAAGCGGGUGGCCAUGGUUGGAGAUGGUAUCAAUGACUCCCCAGCCCUUGCCAUGGCCAACGUGGGGAUUGCUAUUGGCACGGGUACUGAUGUGGCCAUCGAGGCAGCUGAUGUGGUUCUGAUCAGGGAUGACUUGAUGGACGUGGUAGCAAGCAUAGACUUAUCAAGGAAAACUGUGAAGAGGAUCCGCAUCAACUUUGUCUUUGCUCUGAUUUAUAACCUCAUUGGAGUCCCCAUAGCUGCUGGUGUCUUCCUGCCCAUUGGUUUGGUUUUGCAGCCCUGGAUGGGCUCUGCAGCCAUGGCUGCCUCCUCAGUUUCUGUUGUGCUGUCCUCCUUGCUGCUGAAGAU